CCCUGGGGGAGUUUAGCUCACUGAGCUGAAGAACCAACAUAGUUCCGCUUCCAGUCUAAAUGUGCUCUGUCUCUUUAACUGACCGUGCCUUGUGUAAACAUUACCGUGCGCAAUACUAUUUCACACAGAGCGUUGUUGCUGCCUCUGCCAGAACUUCAAAGAGCCGUGGACGGCACCCAUUACUUGGAAAGAGAGAAAAUCACUCAAAAUCAAAAUCAAAAGUGCAUUUGUCUCCCCGAGACGUUACCACAGGACUCCCCGUGGGUUCCCCGCUGUGUCUGAUGGGCUUCCCCUGUCUGCGGCUCACAGCAGGAAGUGAGCAGGUGAGGCGCACCUGUUCAGAACACAGACUGAAACUCAGCACUGGUAUCUGAUGGCUGGCAAACACUUCGGAUAGCUGUAUGAUAUGCCAAAACGCACAUCACGCGAUUAUUCCAAACAGCAAUUCGUCGAUAAAAAAAGAAGACAUGGACUUAGACCUGAACUGGGCUCCAAAGCCGGAUUACGUGUUGCGUUUUUGAAAUAUAUCCCUCCGCGACCUAUACAGGUGGGACGCGAAACUGUUCACAGGAGUUUCUGUUAUGGGGAAUCAAGUGGAGAAACUUACCCACUUGAAUUACAAUGAAUUACCCACCGCUGACCCUAAUGGAUUUGACCUAGAAGACGACGCUCCACGGAUCGGCGUGUCUUAUAUUUUCUCCGCGGAUGACGACGAGCAAGAGGAGAACAUCGAUGAGACAGAAAAGGAAGAUGUUAAGCACUAUGACUGCCGCGAUGAAUUAGAAAGCGCGGUAUAUUAUCGCGACGAGUGUAUAUAUGAAAGGAAUAGCAGGUUCGGUGAAGUGGGAACACUGUCGUGCGAAAACUUGGCGAAUAAGUGCAAACCCGGUGACCUGGUGGAGUUUGUGGCUAUCGGUCAGUACCCGCACUGGGCAGUAUGCGUCGGCGACCUACAGGUGGUUCAUUUGCAUAGAAACGAGAUUAAAUGCGACUUUCUUUUCGAUGCCAGUCAAGGUAAAAGGGGCAGAAUUGUGAACGAGCUGUAUAAGUUUCACGCGUUGAGCCCGGAUGUUGUGGUGCAGAAUGCCAUGGAGCAAGUGGGGAUGAAAGAGCGAGACAUUUGCUGGAAGAACUCUGAAUGCUUCGCUGCCUGGUGCAGAUUUGGCAAACGCGAGUUUAAAACGGGAGGCGAGAUACGAAUCGGGAAGCAGCCGUACAAGAUGAAACUGCAGCUGUCGGAGAAGAAAAGUCACGUUUUGGACUUUCAGAGUUUGGAGGAUUUGAUCAUGGAAAAGAGGAGAAACGAUCAAAUGGGAAGGGAAGCCGUCGUUCAGGAACUGGAGAAUCAUUUAAAUUGCACGGAAGACACCGAGAAUGAUUACAGUUGUAACUGAUGAUGGAUCAAAGAGGGAGGUUCUCUAGAGGGCAAACAGCCUCAUCAUGGAGGAUCAUGUGGGCUUUAUUUGUAAUCACCUCAAGCACAGCGGCAGUGUUGCAAUUUCAUCAGUUUCUCAAGAGAGUUUUCCGUUAGCAGCACUUUUAUAAAUUGAACAACUUCAGCUUGUUUGCAUUGAUAAUCCUGGUGUUUAAGGAUUUGAUCAUUCCCUCACUUUGCUGUAUUCACAUCCAAGGGAAUGUUUAAUGAAGUCCUUUCCACAUCACCUUUUAAUGAUCACAUUUAUAGUAUUUUAUUUUGAGGACUGGCAAAUUAGGCUAUGUAUUCCCUUGACACAUAUUUCAAUAAAGUCUGAAUAUUUUUACUUAA